GACAAGGAAGGGAGAGUCAUGGCGACUGCGAGCAGCAACCGGGGGGCAGUGGUACUGGGACUCCUGUGCUCCUGUCUGUGGACUGCGGCCUUUGCUGGGGUGUCGACCCCCAAUCCCACUAUUACUGUAAAGCAAGGGGCCACUGCCGACUUGCGAUGCACUUACACAAGUGACUUCACCAAGUCCCGAGUGGAGUGGAAGUUUGUGAAUAACCAGCUGGAGACCUUCUUUGUGUACUACGAUGGGACCCUGACGGCAUCGUACGUGAACCGCGCCACUUCCGUCCCACAAGGCAUCAUUCUAAACCAGAUCACUAGCAAGGAUGCGGGCGAGUAUUCCUGUGAGGUGACCAGCGUGGACAGCAACGGCCAAACCUUGUACGGGGAAGCCAAGAUCCAGCUCCUGGUUAUAGUUGCCCCUUCCCAGCCGAUGGCCCAUGUGCCAAACACUGUAAGGACCGGGAGUGCGGUGGAGCUGCGCUGUGUAGAGACUCAGGGGUACCCACCCCCCACUUUUACCUGGUAUCAAAAUAAAGCCCCAAUGCCGCCGAACCCCCAGAACGCCACCUAUACCAUUGAUCCCAACACCGGAGUGUUGAAAUUCCGUGCCGUGGCCGCAUCAGACAGUGGGGAUUAUUACUGUAAGGCAGCAAACAACGAGGGGGAGCAGGUGUCUGCCAUAGUGCGCAUGAAUGUCCAGGAUGUGAAUGUGGGGGGUAUCGUGGCCGCUGUGGUUAUAGUCCUGCUGAUACUGGCGCUGAUCGGCUUCGGCCUGUGGUACGCCUACAGCCGUGGAUACCUGGACAAGAAAGGAAACAAAAAAGUCAUUUACAGCCAACCGUCUGAAACCCGCAGUGAUAAGAAUUUCCAGCAGACGUCGUCCUUCCUGGUCUGAUCUGGGGCUCCGGCGGGUUUGUGGCCCUUAUUGGCGCCGGUACCACUGGUCGGUUCUGUGAGGCUCCCAUUUGCACCCCUGCUUUUCAUAUGAAUUCUUUUACCCCCGCCGGGGGCUGCUGGAGGGGUCCCCGUCACAAGAGGGAUGAUUUUUUAAUUGUGCUUUUAUAUCUGUUUUAUUUAUGACUCAGGGAUCCCAGCUUUGGAGGGGGGGUCCCUUCUGCAGUUAUACGGCAGGUGGGGGUUAUGUGUGUACAAAUGAGAUUGCGCCCCCUUUAUGCUGUCUAUAUGAAUUAGAUUCCCCGGUGCCUACUAGUGCCACCUAUGGGCUGUGCCCUGCCAGCUGCAAGCCCUUGUAAUGAUCAAAUGCAUUUCUGUGCAAGCCUGUGCCCCCCCCCCCCCCCCCCCCCCCCCCCAGACCCUGUAUCUGUAGGAAGGAUUGGCUAUAUAGCUGCACUGUGUGUUUGUGUGUCUGUGUGUCUCUUUGCUUCCUAUCAUGGGCUGUAAUUACAGGUACAGUCCACUAGUGGGCAGUCACUCCAGCUAAUACUAUAUUACUCUUACUCCUACCUGGCAGGCCCCAUAGGGAAGGGCCAAUGCUGAAAUACUGCCCUCUCACCCAGGAGGGGCCCUAUGUUGCUGAGGUUUCUCCUUGCCCCAUGGAAACCCAUUGCACCCCCUGUCCUGGGCCGUGGGCGGGUCAUCCGAUUGCUAUUUACCCCUGUAUGUGUUGAUAUCCACAAGGCAUAGCCAGAGUCCCUUUGCACCCAGCGGGGCACCUCUGCCCACCCUGGGGCUGUUCUGUAACACUUUUUAGAGCUGUAUGUUUUCUAUGAAUUUUACAUUCUUUGGAAAUAAAUGUUUUUUUUGUUUUUCUU